AUGUCUGCCCCUCAGCUCAACAAGAUCGCGGCCAACAGCCCCUCUCGCCAGAACCCUUCUGAGCUUGAGACCGCCGUCGCUGGCGCCCUCUACGACCUUGAGUCCAACACCGCCGACCUCAAGGCUGCUCUCCGCCCUCUGCAGUUCGUCUCUGCCCGCGAGAUCGAGGUUGGCCACGGCAAGAAGGCUAUUGUCAUCUUUGUCCCCGUCCCUUCCCUGCAGGGCUUCCACCGCGUCCAGCAGCGUCUCACCCGUGAGCUCGAGAAGAAGUUCUCUGACCGCCACGUCCUGAUCGUCGCUUCCCGCCGUAUCCUCCCCCGCCCCAAGCGCUCCAGCCGCUCCCGCAACACCCUCAAGCAGAAGCGUCCCCGUUCGCGCACCCUCACUGCCGUCCACGACGCCAUCCUCACCGACCUCGUCUACCCCGUCGAGAUCGUUGGCAAGCGUCUCCGUGUCAAGGAGGACGGCUCCAAGACCCUCAAGGUUAUCCUUGACGAGAAGGAGCGCGGCUCCGUCGACUACCGCCUCGACACCUACUCCGCCGUCUACCGCCGCCUCACCGGCAAGAACGUCCUCUUCGAGUUCCCCCUCGUCUCCGCUGAGUACUAA